CCUGCUUCCAUCCAUCGAGCACUUGCAGUGUGUAAACCUCAUCUCAUGUUACCGCAGAGCCAUCCGACUAGAAGGCAACAUUCCAUCCAUUUUAGAGAUGAGAAAACUGAGGUCCACAGGAACUUGGCCGUGGGGACACUGAGCCGGCUAAGAAAGCCAUGCCAGGACUGCGGACCUGGAGUAAGGCCUUUCUACCAGGCUGCCGUGCAAGAACCGUCUGUCCUGGAGGAAGCUGGUCCUGGGCAGCUCGGGGAAAGCACAGAGGACCUCAGCCUGGACUGGGGGGCCCUUCAGGGCAGCGAGUACCUCCAGGACCUGGGCCUUGAGGCCCCUGCCCACCGCCAGCCUGGAGCGGCCAGGGAGAGUGACCCCCCAAGCGAAGCAGCAGGAAGCGGUUCAUCCUGCUCCAGUUCAGCAGGACGGGAGGGCCUGCCUCGGAGAUGCAGCUGGGCGAGGUCCCGCAGCUGCUCAGACAGCUGGCAGAGGUUCAGCCUCGACUCCUCGGCUGUGAGUGAGGGGCCGUGUCUCCCUCGGGCGCUGGCGACCCUUGCCCUGAACCUUCCUGGGGAGAGUCUGCAGGCCUGGACUAAAGAGUGUCUCUCCGGGGGCAGGACCCCAGCGAAGCACCCAGGCAAGGAAGGUGACGGCCUGGAGGAGAGAGUGAGGUCCCAGUCGGUUCCCGUGACCUUGGAUGAGGUCAGCGCCCUGGAAAGCUCUCGGGCUUUGGAGGUGCCCACUCACGCUGCCCAAGGCCUGGAGCCACCAGUGCUGGAGUGUCUGGAAAAGGACCACGUGGAACCAGACCAUGUGUGAGUGUCCGCCCCGCGGGGAGGAGCCCAGUGGCCAGCCAAGGGGUCCAGGCUGUGGGAGGAGGGGUGCAGGCUGCAGCAUUGCUGGCAGUAAGUGACCUGGCAGCCACGGUGCCUCUCAGUCCCCCAUGACCUCACCUUCUCUCCCACCCCUCCUUCUCCCAGGGGAGGGACCCAGGCCCCUCAGAGAGGUUCCCACAGGCCUCAGGAGGGGGCUGGGCUCCUGGCUAGGGUCUGCUUCAGGACCCAAGGCAGGUGCGGCCAUCCCCGCUCCUCUCGGGGAUAGGUCUGUAAUCUGGGAUGACUAUGGGCUAUUUUAUUCCCGCCCCAGGCUGAUGGUCCAGCAGGUACUGCAGGAACUUCGACAGUACCAUGGGGCUCAGCAGAGGGCUCGCUUGUCGGUCAGCCCCAGAGAAGCCCCC